AUGUCCGACGCAGCGAGUGAGUCGAAAGUCGCAGCUGGAGGUGGACAGGGCUGCCAGCUGACUUCUCGGCGCGGAGCCUUUCUUGGAGCUUUGGGAGUGCUGUGCCUCCUCUCCUGGCAGCUUGUGUCGCUGCAUUCGCCCGACGACCAGCAGCGGCUGGAGAAGCGCAUCAACGACAGGAUCGAAAAUGUGGAAAGCAAAACGCAGCUUCUAGCUGAGCAACUGGAGAAGAUUUCGGCACAUCUGCAGCUUGAACAGAGCUCUCCGUCGGCGCAGGAAGAAGAAGUAGUUCUGCCGGAGACUGCGGUGGCCAACACGGCUGACGCUUCCACUCCGGCUCUUUCUGGUGCCGGCGCUCAGAGCCACUUGCAUACACUGGUGCUGCAAAAGGAAGCGAAGAUAAAUGCUGCGUUCAAGAACGGCGUGGCAGAGGAGUGUAAGACUGCCCUCAGCCGAAAGGGUUUCAAAGACGAUCCUUUCGGCCCCGAGCUUUGGGUAAGGGUACUGAAAGAACACCACAGGUCGGGAGGUGGAGACUGCAGAAAUAGCAAAGACCGAAAUUGCAGAGGAUUUGUGAGUCAAGGCCUACAGGAUGUUUUCCUCUACACGGUCUUGUGGAGGCAUUUGUCACGGCCUGGUGUGUAUGUGGACUUGGCUGCACAUGACUUCCGAUACAUCAGCAACACGUACUUCGCGGACCACUGCUUGAAAUUUGAUGGCGUGUGCAUCGAGCCGAAUAGCGACUACCACAGCGAGUUGAUCACGAAGCGCCGUUGCGCCGUCGUGAAGACAUGCAUCGCGGAGCAAAAGAAGGAUGUUACUUUCGUACUGCAAGGACCUUUCGGAGGAAUUGAAAGUGAGCGGAAGGUUCUGAAGAAGACAGCCACUGGAGGAAAGAGGACCACGAUGACCUGCCAGACGCUGUCAGAUGUCUUCAAAGCUCAUGGGAUGACCCACGUCGACUUCAUGAGCCUGGACGUUGAAGGAGCUGAGCUGGCGUGCCUAGAAGGCAUCGACUGGAACCUAGUGUCCAUCGACACCAUCCUCGUCGAAGGGAACGACAACAGCUUCCAGAAGGUCGCCGAGCUCCUUACCUCCCAGGGCUACGUCAAUGCCACGCAGCUCCACAGGGACGUCUUCUUCGUGCACCGGUCGAUGACCGGGCUGCUCCAGAAAGUGGAGGUCUGGAAUCGCGAAGUCUGCCCGCGGAUCAAUGAAGCUUUGCGGCCGGGCAGGAUCCGGUAUUACUCCUGCCCAUGA